AUGCUCCAUACAGAAAUAAUCGGCAUCAUUGCGGCCCUGGUGUUGCCCCUGCUCGUGCAAGGGGCAAAACUCCGCUACAUGCCGUUCGGCGACUCCAUCACCGACUACGAGUGCUGGCGAGCGUGGAUCGGCCUGCACUCCAAGACCAACUGCAGCAGCCUCGACUGGGACCGCGACCACGAGGGACACCCCGGCUACCAGGCCGCCGACAUUGUGGCCCAGAACCAGCUCGUCGACUGGCUCAAGCAGAACCCGGCCGACAUCGUCACCAUGCACCUCGGCACCAACGACAUCUGCCAGGUCAGCCGCAAGACGCCGGCCAUCGUCGCCGCGCUGGGCACCCUCAUCGACCAGAUGCGCGCCAGCAACCCGGCCAUGAGAAUCAUUAUGGCGCAGAUCAUCCCGCUCCCGGCCGUCGCCAAGGCCGUGCAGGAGCUCAACGCGGCCAUCCCCGCACUGGCGGCUUCCAAGAACUCGACGGCGUCGCCCAUCUGGCUCGUCGACCAAUGGACCAACUUCACCGCCGCAGACCUCAAGGACGGCAUCCACCCGAGCGCGUCGGGCGACGUCAAGAUGGCCGACGGCUUCUACCCGGCUCUAGUGCAGGCGAUCAAGAGUCUGAAGGCUGCAGCCUGA